CGGGACUCUGCAUAAGCCGCAGUCGCAUUGCGUGUUGGCGAUGAGAGUGUGUUUGAAUAUGCAGGUUUUCGGGCCGCGCCCCCUAGCGCCCUGAUCUCGGGGCAGACAGACAUAGUGUAAAAUGGCGCAUAGCUGUCGGUGGCGGUUCCCGGCUCGGCCCGGCGGGAGCACCAGCGCGAACAGCGGGAGGAGGGCGGCCCGGAUCCGGGUCACCGCCUCUCUCCGAACCGGCACCGGAGCACAAGCGAACCCGAACGGGCUCUGGCCGGGCUUCGAUGCGGCGUUGCAAGUCUCAGCCACCAUUGGCAACAACCUACGAAAAUUUCGGGAUGUAUUUGGGGAGGCGAGCAGUUCGAGCAGCGGGGAGGAAGACGCGUUUGUUGGAUUCAGCUCACAACAUGAAAACAGAAGAAUAUAUAGCUCAACGAGGCCCUUUGGAGUCAAACCACGGCAGGAGCGAAAACCUAGGGGUCGGCCUCCAAGGGCCCUUACUGCACACGGGACCACGUCUGCCUUGGACUCCCCUACCUCUCCGGCCAGCCCUCCAGAGGCCCCUGAGAAGCAAAAGAGAGCCCCAGGCAGGCCCCCAGCUUCAGGGGAAAGGAAGCGAGGGAGGCCCCCUGGCACUGGGGGGCCUAGGGGGAGCCAGUAUCACCACACCCAGCCAGGGCCACAGGACCAGAGGGAGACGACUCAAGAACAGCAGGGCAACGAGAGGGACAAGAAAGCAGCUGUGAAAAGGACACCCCUGGGGUGUGUGCAGCAGCAGUACGGUGUAGGCAGAAUCCCCAAGAUUGCAAGGAUACCCAAAAUCAAGCGGCUGAGUGCAGUCAAGCUCGCCCCGCUCAAGUCACGACUCAAAGUGAUCGGGAGGAAGGGGGCACCGGUCCCUGCUGUCCCGCGAAGGAGGCGGGGACGCCCCCCGUCUGCAGAACGUCUCAAAGCCGAGGCUGCUGCUGCCUCCCAGCCAGCCGCCCUCUAUGAGACCGAGCCUCGGAAGCAGAAGAUCCAUCAGGUUCGACGGGAGAGAGACCCCCAGCUCAGGGCAGCAGAAUUAGAAGCCUUGCAACCUCACUCCCUGGCCACCUCCCCCACCAGGACAGGUUUAGGAAAAGAGGUGGGGGUGCGCCAGAGCCCAAGGAAAGUAAAGCAGGUGCGCAUCGUGCCUGCUCCCAAGCGGACGGACACCACUAUCGCCAAGCAGCUGCUGCAGCGCGCCAAGAAGGGGGCUCAGAAGGGCGCGCAGAAGAAGAAAAUGAUGGAAAAGGAAGCUGGGGGCGGCAGCGUGGUGGGCAGCGGCUUGGAGGGAGGCAUCAGAAGGAAGAGGACUCAGCUCAAGUUCGUCAUGCCCGUGGUGAGCACCAUCUCCUCGCGCAUCAUCAAGACCCCCAAGCGCUUCAUCGAGGACGAGGCCAGCUUUGUCUCCCCACCUCCCCACCUGAAAGUCGCCCGACUGGAAGCUGCUGCAGUGGCCUCUUCUUCUUUGGCUUCACCUCCUUCAGCGCCUCCUGUUGCUGCUGCUCCUUCUGUUUCUGUCUGUGCUGCUUCUGCCAGCACCCCACAACCACAACCUCCUCCUCCUCCUGCUCCUGCUCACAGCACAAACCUGGCAGGCCUCAACAGCGGCUGCAACAACGGCACCAGCAACGGACGAUUCAGCAGCAGCGCGGCUUCUUGCGGCUCCAGCGAGAAAUCCAGCGCCGUUUCCCAGCACUCCUCCCAACUCUCGUCCGGGGAGUCCUCGCGGUCCAGCAGCCCCAGCCUGGACACCUCCACAGACUCCCAGGCCUCCGAAGGCACCCAGGGCCUCUCUGAAGAGCCUGACCGGUCCCCGUCCUCGCAGGGCGAGAGGGAAGCAGAGCUGCUUCAUGCCUCCAGGCCGUCCUCCCCUCCUUCUGAACCGGAGCAGGUGGCGGUGGUGGAGAGAGGCAGGAGAGGUCGCAGGUUCCAGGGGGCUGGUAGGGGUCGGGCGGGCGUCAACAGUGGCGGGGCUAAGAAAAUCAUAGCCGGGGCUACGCUGCUGUCCUCCCACCCAGCCUCAUCGACUGCCUCCUCCUCGUCCUCCCCACCCCCUCUUCUGACCCCCCCACCGCAGUCCAGCCAGCCAGCCUCUUCCACGGAGCACCACUCCCCCCACCCGCACUGGAUCCUGCCUCCCGGGAUCUCCCCUUUCCUGCCCGCCUCCGCUGUGGUUUCCCCCCUGCAGGAGCAGCGCAAGUCCAUCCUGCGGGAGCCCACCUUCCGCUGGACCUCCCUCAAACACUCCCGCGCAGAGGCUCAGUGCUUCUCCUCCGCGAAGUACGCCAAGGAAGGACUCAUCCGCAAACCCAUCUUCGACAAUUUCCGGCCCCCUCCCCUGACCCCCGAAGACGUUGGUCUGGUGCCCCCUAAUGCCGGUGGAGCAGUCGCAGGAUUUUCCACUCCCAGUGGCGGUGGCACGGCAGCAGCGGCUAACCGUCUCUUCUCGCCUCUCCAUCACCAGCCCCACCAUCCCUCCUCGCACUUCGAAACACAGCCCCACAAGCGUAGCCCUCUACUCCGCGCCCCCCGCUUCACCCCCAGCGAGGCCCACUCCCGGAUCUUUGAGUCCGUCACCCUCCCUUCCCCUCAGUCCUCAACCACGGGGGGCCAGGCCUCUUCUUCCUCCCCUCUCCAGUCCUCUGCCCUCUCCUCUUCCUCGUCCUCGGCCAGUCGCACACAGCGCCGCAGGAGACGGCGUUCUUUCAUCCCACUGCGACUGCAGCCCAGGUCUCCGUCUCACUCCAUGAGGACCCGAAGCAGCCGGUCUGGGGAGCAGGGUGGCAAUGUGACCCCCGAGCUCUCUCCCGUGGCGCCGCACUUAUCCACCGGCGCCACGGGCUCCACCACCCAUUCAAAUUCUCUGCCAGGGGUUGCUGCCAGCCCUUUGGCAGCCAGUGCCUUAACUCCAGCCACUUUCAGCUUCUCUCCGGGCUCCAUGGGUCUUACAAGCGAGGGACCGGCUGAUUCAUACCAGACAGGCAGCAGUAGGAGGCAAGCUGGGGGUCUGGGAAAAGGGGCAGCUGCAGGGGAGUCAUUCUCUUCUGGAGUAGGGGUAGGAGGUAGUUCUUCCACUUCCCCGCUUUUCCCUCUCUUCACCUCCAGCCCUCCCCAAUCGACAGAGAGAGGAGGGACAGGGAAGAGCAGCAAGGAGCGGAGAAGCUCAGGGUCCAGGGAGCUGUCAGCUAAGGAGAAAGACAGCCCGAGAGAGACAGAGAGGGCGCGGGAUCGAGAGAAAGAGAACAAGUUGGGGAGUCGUAAAGAGAGGGAGCGGAAAGGCAGGGGGAGCGUUGGAGGGGACUCCCAGGGCGCCCUCUUCUCCCUCGAGGGCAAAGAGAGCGAGGAAAUGGGGGCCUCCCCUUCGCCGGUCUCCAAAAAGACGUCCGGACGGAAGAAAUCGGUUUCAGUGGAACCCCCCACUGAGGCACCCUCUUCUCUGGGGUCACCUGAAGGGGGAGUCCCCAAGAGCCGGCUGUCCAAGAAGGGCAAGUCCUCAGAAAAGGGCCAGGAUUCGGAGACGGGGGAGAAGGAGAAGGAGAAGAGCCAUCAGCAGACCCUCUCUGUGGCCCGGCAGAGCCCCCAGCCCCCUGCACCCUCUCACAAGCAGCCCCCUGCCCCCUCCCUCGGCUCCAUGCUGGCGCAGGUGGAGAAGCAGCAGGUGGCCGACAGGAGGGUGGCUAACCUGCUAAAGAAGGCCAAAGCCCAGCUGUACAAGAUUGAGAAGAGCAAGUCCCUGAAGACUUCCGACCAGCCCAAAACACAGGGGCAGGAGAGCGACUCCUCCGAGGCCUCGGUCCGGGGGCCCCGCAUCAAACACGUGUGCCGAAGAGCGGCUGUGGCCCUGGGCCGCAACCGAGCCGUGUUCCCCGACGACAUGCCCACCCUCAGUGCCUUGCCGUGGGAGGAGAGAGAGAAGAUCCUGUCUUCCAUGGGAAAUGAUGACAAGUCCUCGGUAGCCGGCUCGGAGGAAGCAGAGACCCCCGCCCCCCCGGUGAAGCCCAUCAAGCCCGUGACCCGCCACAAGACCCCCCAGGAGCCCCCCGUGAAGAAGGGUCGCCGGUCGCGGCGCUGCGGACAGUGCCCAGGCUGUCAGGUGCCGGAUGACUGUGGGGUCUGCACCAACUGCCUGGACAAGCCCAAAUUCGGGGGGCGUAACAUCAAGAAGCAGUGCUGCAAGGUGAGGAAGUGUCAGAACCUGCAGUGGAUGCCUUCGAAAGCGUACCUUCAGAAGCAAGCGAAAGCGGCGAAGAAGGAGAAGAAGAAAACAACCAAAGUGCAAGAAAAAAAGGAGACUGCCCAUUCCGCAAAGAGUCACUCCUCAGAGACCAAUCAGAAGCUGGCCACGCCCUCGGGAGGCUCUGCAAGGGAGGAGCCUGCACGCAAGAAGAGCGAAACCCCGCCCUCAAAACCCAGCGUAGAAAAACAGCAGCACAGCCCCCAGUGGGACAGGCCCCCACCUCCCAGCACUGCCCUCCCACAGGACCCCAAGCAGCCAACAGCGCCUCCUACUGCCGCCUCCAGGAAAGAGCGCAAACAGCCACUGCUGCACACCCCUUCCCCUGCCCACCCCAAUGGAGCCCCCCAACAGCAGACACAGAGCCCCGGGCCCUCAAAAAAGGAGGGGGCCAUUCGAACACCCCCUAGCGAGCCCAAAAAGAAGCUACAACAAGCAUCCGCCAGCACCCCGGCUACAGAGACAGGGUCAGAGCCAAAGCAGCAGCAGCAGCAGAAGAAACAGGCACCCCGAUCCACCGUCCCCCCGAAACAGAAACCCAAAGAGAAGGAGAAGCUGCUUCCCAGCAGAGCGGAGAGCAGUACUUUAAACUUGCUGAGCACUCCCUCGAAUGGAGGCAACACCAGGCAGAAGCUGCCUUCCGACGGAGUGCAUCGAAUCAGAGUGGAUUUUAAGGAGGACUGCGAUGUGGAGAAUGUGUGGGAGAUGGGCGGGCUCAGCAUCCUCACUUCAGUGCCAAUCACUCCCAGGGUAGUCUGCUUGCUGUGUGCCAGCAGCGGGCACGUGGAGUUUGUGUACUGCCAGGUGUGCUGUGAGCCCUUCCACCUGUUCUGCUUGGAGGAGAGUGAGCGCCCCCUGGAGGAGCAGUGGGAGAACUGGUGCUGCCGACGCUGCAAGUUCUGCCACGUGUGCGGGCGGCUGCAUCAAGCAACGAAACAGUUACUGGAGUGUAACAAGUGCCGGAACAGCUACCAUCCUGAGUGCCUGGGUCCCAACUACCCGACCAGACCCACCAAGAAGAAGAAAGUCUGGAUCUGCACCAAGUGUGUUCACUGCAAGAGCUGUGGAGCCACAACCCCUGGCAAGAGCUGGGACGCACAGUGGUCACAUGACUUCUCCCUGUGUCACGACUGUGCCAAACUCUUCGCUAAAGGUAAUUUCUGCCCCCUGUGUGAUAAGUGCUACGAUGAUGAUGACUACGAGAGUAAGAUGAUGCAGUGUGGGAAGUGCGAUCGCUGGGUUCACUCCAAGUGUGAGAACCUCACAGACGAGAUGUACGAGAUCCUUUCAAACUUGCCAGAGAACAUCGCCUACACCUGCAUCAACUGCACUGACCAGCACCCCGCGGAGUGGAGGACCGCCCUGGGGAAAGAGCUGCAGGGGUCAGUGCGACUUGUCCUGACAGCCCUGCUUAACUCCCGGACCACCACGCACCUGCUGCGUUACAGACAGGCGGUGAAGCCCCCGGAGCUGAACCCCGAGACGGAGGAGAGCAUCCCCUCACGCAGCUCCCCCGAGGGCCCGGACCCCCCCGUGCUCACCGAGGUGUCCCCCCAGCACGAGGCACCCCUGGACCUGGAGGGGGUCAAGAGGAAGAUGGAGCAGGGUGGAUACACGUCUGUGCUGGAGUUCAGCGAUGACAUUGUGAAGAUCAUCCAGGCAGCUAUGAACACGGACGGGGGGCAGCCAGAGAACAAGAAAGCAAACAGCAUGGUGAAGUCCUUCUUCAUUCGGCAAAUGGAGAGAGUGUUCCCCUGGUUCAAUGUGAAGGAGUCCAGGUUUUGGGAACCAAACAAAGUUUCCACAAACAGUGGUCUUCUCCCAAACGCAGUGCUGCCACCCUCGCUGGAUCACAACUACGCGCAAUGGCAGGAGCGCGAGGACAUCAACCGAGCGGAGCAGCCCCCGCUCAUGAAGAAGAUCAUCCCGGCGCCCAGAGCAAAGGGGCCGGGGGACCCAGACUCCCCCACACCCCCUCCCCCGCCCCCAGCCCCAGCCCCGCCCCCCACACACGGUUCUGAUCACAGUCGAGAGGACAGUCCCGAGCUGAUCCCUCCCCCGGACGUGGGUGAUAAUCGGCAGUGCGUGCUCUGUCUGAAGUACGGGGACGACAGCACCAACGACGGAGGGAGGCUGCUGUACGCCGGGCAGAACGAGUGGACGCAUGUGAACUGCGCCCUGUGGUCAGCCGAAGUGUUCGAGGAUGACGACGGCUCUUUGAAGAACGUGCACAUGGCCGUCAUCCGCGGGAAACAGCUGCGCUGUGAGCAUUGCCAGCGCCCUGGCGCCACCGUGGGCUGCUGUCUGACCUCCUGCACCAGUAACUACCACUUCAUGUGUGCCCGGCUCAAGCACUGCGUCUUCCUGGAGGACAAGAAGGUGUACUGCCAGCGGCACCGAGACCUCGUCAAGGGAGAGGUGGUCUCGGACUCUGGUUUCGAGGUCACCAGGAGGAUCUUUGUGGAUUUCGAAGGCAUCAGUCUGCGGAGGAAGUUUCUGGCGGGGCUGGAGCCGGAAAACAUCCACAUGAUGAUUGGAUCCAUGACUAUCGACUGUCUCGGAAUACUCACUGACCUCUCGGACUGUGAACGCAAGCUCUUCCCAGUCGGUUACCAGUGUUCCCGUGUGUAUUGGAGCACGCAGGAUGCACGGAAGCGCUGCAUCUACACCUGCAGGAUCGUGGUGUGUCGGCCCCCCCAGGUGGAGAGUGACAUCAACAGCACCUUGGAGCACGAGGACAACAAGACCAUUGCACACAGCAUGGCAGCUAUCACAGACAUGUUGUCCAGCCCUGUCUCAGUGGAGCCCCCUGCUGUACUGUCCAAGGAAAGCCUACCUCCCCCUAGACUACAGAGUGCAACCCGGAACAGACACCCGAGCUACUCCCCCACAUCCAGAUCACCUGGAUCCGGAUCCAGACCCUUGCCUUCCGCAGGGAGCCCCUCUCCGAUGACUCACGAGAUUGUGACGGUGGGGGACACCUUGCUGAGCUCCGGACUGCGGAGAAUAGGGUCCCGCCGCCACAGCACCUCCUCCCUCUCCCCCCAGCCCCCGAAACAGCGGGUCACCUCCCCCUCACGAGGUGGACGGCCAACCGGUCCCACCCCCUCGCCCACUCGAAAAGAGAGCGGGGAACCGGAGACCGGGACCGGCAGCAGCAGCAGUGUCCGAAUUCGGGAGUGUCAGCCGGGGCCGCUCAGCCCUGGAGGCGGGGUGCGGAAGAACCAGAAUAAUCCUCGACAGCAGCGACUGGGGAGUAGCGAGGAAAGGGUCAACAAGGAGCAGGGAGAGCCGACCACGAAAGGAGCAGCAGUGGUAUCAGUGGCAGCGGUGAGAUUGAGCCAGACUUCACCCCCACUGGGCACAGCAGUGCUGUCCAGUCAGGGCAGAGGAACCAACAGCAGCUCCUCCAAGAGUGAGAAAGGGAAGACUGCCAGUGCCAGAGACCCAGCACUCUCCCCUGGCCACGGUCUCGCAUCCCGCCUCCCUUCAGCUACACUUCCCAAAGAUGGCAGUGGUGAACGUGCUAAGAACAUGAACUCGACCAGCACUGCUGUCCCUGCUCUUAAAGAAGCCCUGGCCGCUGGGUCACGCCAGCCACCACACCACAAAGGUGGCAAGAAAUCCUGGGAACAGCUAGCUGGUGGGCCAGCAGAGAAACCUUUGCGUGAUACCACACAGCCAGAAGACACUGCUAAGCGUGGCUCGCAGCCCGCCACCUCCACCGCGACGGGCCACGGGACUCACACCGCCAAAGAGAAACGAUCCAAAAUGAAAGCCAGGGAGGCUGCAAAAGACAAGGAGAAACUGCCGCCCAAUAGCAACACGCAAGCCAGUGCCAGCACUGCAAAUUCCGUCUGCGGCAAUGGCAAGACAUCCGGCAGUGGCACUAACAGCGACGCCGUGAGAAUAGACGCAGUGGUGUUUGAGAAUCAGGUUGCUGACAAACACGUGGAGUCUGGGGAUAGAUUACCCAGCAUGGAAAAGAAAGUCACCACUCCUAGCCCUACCAACGAAGGCAGCCAGUCCAAAACCAGCACGGAUAAAGCCUUUAAAGGAUCACAGCCGCAAAACGAAACGCCAGGGAAGGAAGCGCAGCCCGCCCAGAGGAAGCGCACGGUCAAAGUGACCCUGACUCCGUUGAAAAUGGACCCAGACGUAACUAAAACCAUCAGCACCUCUUCCUCCUUCCCCCCUGCAGCCCCUCAGAAAACACCAGCCUGCACUCUACCCUUUUCCUCUCCCUCGGUCAGCCCACAGAGCUCGGAAUCGGAGGUCCUCGGGCACCAAGAUGAAGGGGCAUCAGAAAUCCAUGACCACCAAGGUGGCAUGGAAGACGUGGCUUAUGGGAAGGAGGGCAGUGGAGACGCCGUUGAGCACUCGCUUCAGGACGGCAGCGGUGGAGACAAGCACCAGGAGGAGGACAGCGAUGGGUCAGUGAAGCGGCGCUACCCUCGCCGCAGUGCCAGGGCGCGAUCCAACAUGUUCUUCGGCCUGACUCCCUUCUACGGCGUGCGGUCGUACGGGGAAGAAGACAUCCCCUUCUACAGCAGCGGAGACUCCUCUUCGGGGAAGAAGCGCGGGGGAGGAGGAGGCAGCAAGCGGUCUGCGGAAGGUCAAGUGGACGGUGCUGACGACAUGACCACUUCCUCCUCGGAAGAAACCGGGGAUGAAGAGGAGGGAGCCGGCAGAGGCAGCGACGAAGGCGACUAUUAUUACAACUUCACCCGCACAGUCAUCAACCCCGGCGCAGGGAUGACUCCGUCCGGGGUGAUCGAGCAGUGUUUGGGGAGGGUGGCUCCUCUGCGCAGCUUCCUCAAGGAAGAGAGUGAAGAGGAGGAGAUGAUUGGGGAGAGGGAGUUGGGUCUGGCCAGGAUCGGGCAGCUGGACGGAGUGGACGACGGCUCUGAGAGUGAUGGCAGCGUGAGCGCCACCACAACCACGACUGCCUCCGCAAGCAAGAGCGCCCAGAGCGGCGGCAAGAGGAAGGGCAAGGAACGUCGCUCAGAGAAGCUGGAUCUGGAAGAGGAAACGGGGAAAGAGCAAACUGGCAGCGGUGGGAGCAGCAGCGAGAACAACAAGAGCCAGAAAGACUCCAGCAAAAUGGAGAACUGCCUGCCCUUGGGCAGCGUGAAGGCUCAGGGACAGGACUCGUUGGAGGCUCAGCUUUCACUCAACGCAGAGCUGCUGAAAUCCGACUCGGACAACACCAACAGCGACGACUGUGGCAACAUCCUCCCCUCGGACAUCAUGGAUUUCGUGCUCAACACCCCCUCCAUGCAGGCCCUGGGCCAGCGGCCUGAGUCUUCCUCGUCCGAGCUCAUGUCUCUGGAGGAAGGUUUUGGGCUGGGGGGCAACCGUGGCAAAGAAAUGGGUCUGUUUGAGGAUUUCUCCCAGCAGCUGACCAAUUCAGAACCGGUGGAGAGUGGAGUGAGUGCCUCCAUCCCCGGGGAGGAGCAGUUUGAGCUCCCCUUGGAGCUUCCUUCGGACCUCUCCGUGCUGACGACCCGCAGCCCGGCGGUGGCCAGCCAGAACCACAGCAGCCUGAUCCCGGAGCAGGCAGAGCGCUCCAUUCUGGUUUUGCCAUCGGAGGACUCUGUAGAGAAAGGGACCGAUAAGCAACACGCCCCGAACAAAGGUCAGCUGGGAGGACAGGAUGAGACGCAGGUCGCCGAAGGCCACAUGACACCAGAGCAGUUCAUCCAAGGCAUGGAGACGGACCAUAUGACCAAUCCAGUUUGCGGGCAGGGGGUUGAGCAGGGCAGUCAGGAUUUGGCCAGGACUUCUGUUACUCCUGGGCUGCAAGUGCCUGCUUCCCCUACAGUGUCCCUACAGGGCCCGAAGUACAUACCAAGCACUGCAGAGAGCCCUGGACCAACCCAGGUGGCGAGUACAGCAGUCCAGACCACUGCCACACACCUGAAGCAGCCCACUGAGAAGCUGAUUGUAGUUAACCAGCACAUGCAGCCGCUCUAUGUCCUGCAGACUCUCCCUAAUGGGGUGACCUCGGUCAGCACGGCAGCUGGAGUGAUGGACACAAGCUCCUCCGUCUUGGGUUCAAUGGCAGGUGGGCUGGCACUGGCAGCCGGCCUCAACCCUGGCAUUCCCACUUCCCAGUCCAUAUUCUCCCCAACGGGUAAAGGCCUGCCCAUGACCCACCACUCCCAGCUCCAUGCCUUCUCCGGGACUGGGCAAGCUGGGUUUCAGUCCGGUAUUCCCAGCUCCACUUCCGGUCUCCUCAUCGGUGUUCAGCCCUCGCAAGACCCCCAGAUUCUGGUCUCCGAGGCAGGCCACCGAACUGAACUAGCCCCCAACUCCACCCCUCCUUCCAGCUCUACCUCUUCGUCCUUGACCUCCUCUCCCUCGGGCCACGGCAAGAAGCGACAGAUCUCCCGCCUGCAGCCGCGCAAGCCUAAGAAACUUGCACGUUCGGGUAGCCAGCCGACUCUGGCUCCUUCAGAAGCCGUGCCCAAUAUGACCCUCAUAAACUUCUCCCCUUCCCAGCUGUCCACCGGCAUUCCCAACCAACCAACCACGACCUCGGCCACUCCUCACCGGACUGUCCCAAACAUCAUCAAGCGCCCCAAAUCGGGUGGCAUGUAUUUCGAGCAGGCGCCCCUGCUCCAGCAAGGGAUUUGCACUCUGGGGGCACCGGCUGGCAUGAUCGGGCCGGAUGCGUCGUCACACUUGGUGCCGUGCACAGUGUCGGGCUUGAACACCAACCAGUCCGUGCUCAACGUUAUGUCCAUAGGACAGAGUUCGGUCUCACUCGCCAGCCCUGGACGUCUGUGCCCUGCCGACCUCACAGGAUCCAUCAGCAACCUGCUUCUCAAAGCCAGCCAGCAGAGUCUGGGGCUCUCCGACCAGCAGAUGGCACUGCAGUCUGGAGCCGGAAUUUUCUCCCAGUUGGGUAGCCCCAUGCCGACCUCAAACACCGGUAGCAUCUGCGUGCUUCCUUCGACCCAGCCUAUCGGCAUGCCAGUCUUCCAGCCUGCUGACCAGGAAGGGCCGUACCAGCUACACCACCACCAGAUCACACAGCUGUUAGCCAGUAACCCAUCGCCUCUGGACCCAGUCAAUACUAAAACCUCCAUGCAUGGGGCACUCGGCUCCGUGGCACAGGACAGUGCCCGAACCCGACCGGUCUUCACCUCUGCUCAGAGUUCCAAUGUGGGACCAGCUCCGGUCCGCUCUGACCAGCAGCCAGCCGCGCAGGUGACCACCGCACCACCGUCAACAACAGCGAUCUCUGGGAAGGGCAAAACCAAAUCCAAGCGCACACAGCACCUUCCGGACAAGGGCAGCGGAAAAAAGCACAAGGUGUGUCACUCCGAGAGCGCCGGGGAGAAACAGCCCAGUGCGGACGCAGGAAGUGGCAGCACAACUCCUGCAAGGUCAGGUCCACAAGGUCCAGCCUCACAGGAAGUGAUGGAGAUAGACCAGAAGAACGAGCGUGAGAGAGGGACUGGGCCAGUCCCCAGUAUGACAGAAGGACCAGCAGCACUGACCACAAACAGCACUGACCGCAGGGAGGAGAAAAGCAAGGUCAAAGAUUUGCAGACCCCAGAGAUGGAGGGGACGGGGGGGUUCAGCUCCCCCCUACUCGCUCUCCUUGAGCAGGAGCGACGCAGGAAGGAGUCCCUGUCGGACCGGAAGUCCAGGAAGGGGUUAAUGUUCGAGAUCUGCAGCGAUGACGGUUUCCAGAUUUGCUCCGAAAGCAUCGAAGAUGCCUGGAGGUCUCUGACUGACAAGGUCCAGGAGGCCAGGUCGAACGCCCGUCUCAAGCAGCUCUCCUUCGAAGGUGUGAACGGACUGCGCAUGUUGGGAGUGAUCCACGAUGCUGUUGUGUUCCUCAUUGAGCAGCUCUAUGGCGCCAAGCACUGUCGGAACUACAAGUUCCGCUUCCACAAGCCCGAGGAGGCAGACGAGCCCCCCCUCAACCCACACGGCUCAGCCAGGGCAGAGGUGCACCACAGGCGCUCUGUGUUCGACAUGUUCAACUUCCUGGCCUCCAAACACCGGCAGCCCCCGGAGUACAACCCCAACGACGAAGAGGAAGAGGAGGUGCAGCUCAAAUCAGCGCGACGGGCCACCAGCAUGGACCUGCCCAUGCCCAUGAGGUUCCGGCACUUGAAGAAGACGUCGAAGGAAGCUGUGGGGGUCUACAGGUCUGCUAUUCACGGCAGGGGUCUGUUCUGCAAGAGAAACAUCGACGCAGGCGAGAUGGUGAUCGAAUAUUCAGGGAACGUCAUCCGCUCUGUUCUGACCGACAAGCGGGAGAAAUACUACGACGGCAAGGGGAUCGGCUGCUACAUGUUCCGCAUCGACGACUACGAGGUGGUGGACGCCACGAUGCACGGCAACGCGGCGCGCUUCAUCAACCACGCCUGUGAGCCCAACUGCUACUCGCGGGUCAUCAACAUCGACGGGCAGAAGCACAUCGUCAUCUUCGCCACGCGCAAGAUCUACCGGGGCGAGGAGCUCACCUACGACUACAAGUUCCCAAUCGAGGACGCCAGCAGCAAGCUGCACUGCAACUGCGGGGCCAAGAAGUGCCGCAAGUUUAUUAACUGAGCCCCCCGCGCGCUCACCUCCUCGCCCUCAUCCUGCAGGGAAUCGUACACCUCUGCCAGACCCCCGCCGUCGAACCGCAGGCCUCCCUGCUACGCCGACUGCUUCCUUCAGCUGGGAGGAGAGAGCAGGGGACCGCCCUGUGAAACGCAGCCGUGGCUGGAGUGCUGUAUAGAUGCUACGAGGUAGCUCGGGGGUCGGGGUGUUGCUGUGGCUUGGUUGAAAUUGGAAAGGGAGGGUGUUUCAUGUAGGAGGGCUGGAUGACGAAUCUCUAGUGUAGUAAACCAGUGUGGUUGCUGAUGGGGGGGGUCUUCCAGCGCAGCAGGGCUUGUUUUAUCAAUAGCCAAACUCAAAAGCAUUCCACGACUGCUGAGAGGCAGUAGAAAUGUGUCUGUUUCACAGUCCCUGGCUCUGCUGGCUCCCUCACCUCGCUGAUCAGAAACCCAGCUGUAUGGAGGGUCCCCUGCACCAUGCUGCCUCGCUCCCCCUCCCCCUGAAUCUACUCCAGAAUAAGAAGGGGUGCUCAUCCUUAUUCAUACUAACUUAGCUUACCACAUCUUGCAAAGAGUUUGAAUUAUUUUUCUAUUGGAAAGCGUACAGUACGAUGGCCGUUGGCAGCCAGCGGUUUUGUUGUUUGACUAUUUGUAAAAUUCCAGAUGUCUUUUUUUUUUUUUAAACAUGUGCUGCAUGACAGAAAAUCAGGUCUUUAUUUAUUGAAUUAUUUAUUAUUUUUUUAAAUAAUAUUUUGGAUCUAAUAAUAAAAACAGGCAUUCCUUAGGAGUUUACCCUGAACUCCCCCCCCCCCGCAAAAAAAAAAUCAGAAUAGAAAAGCAGAACAGCUUUGAUUAAGCGAAGCUUUGACCUUAAAGGAUGUGCCUUUUAACCUUUCACUCGUUACCCCCGGUCCAACUAAAGAGACUUGCUGCUGAAUCCAGCCCGUUCCUAUCGCUGGAAUUCAUUGUUAAUCGUAAAGAACUGAUAAAUAUCGAUACUUGCUUCACACUCCGCCCCCUUCCCCACACCUGCCCUGACACUCUGUUUAAACAUCUAGACAGCAGAAACAGGUCUAGUGAUCUGUGUUCCGGUUGCUUCUUGUCGUGUGUGUGUGUUUAUUCUUUCUAUCAUGCUAGUUGAAGGACUGACCUGUCUUGAAUUUUUGUGAACACUAGAGGGAGCCACAGAGCUCUGGAAGAUGAUGGGUGUACUGAUAAGAAUAAUGAUGAUAAUGAACCAUGCUGAUGUAUGUAUUUAUACCAUGUAGAUCAUGUGAGAAGAGGAGGGAGGGUUAUAGGAAAUAAUGCAUGCCAGGUGGAGUGACAUUACACUGGGACACCCCAACCCUUCAAAAUGGGGCGUUUUAAAAGGACUGUUUUCUAAGAGACAUUUAUGGUUGUUUUUAAUAGGCAUAGGAACUGAUUUAUAUAGGAAAGCCAUCAACUCCACAUCAACACUUCUCACCCUGUUCCGAACUGUAUCAGCAGAGACAGGCAGGGAGACACUGGAGACGUCGUCCGCAGCUCAUACACUCGCUCACUCGGUCAUGACGUAUUUUAUAUUAUCCACCAUCCCUCCUCCGCGUCCAUUACACAUCCAGGAUCAAUUGCUAGUAUCCAUUCUGUUUUCCAGUUUUCAUUUCAGUUGCUCUUUGUUCUUUAUUACCUGUCUUCCUUUCUUCUCCAUCUGGAAUUAAGAUUCUGUCUCUGUCACUCUGUCUCUCUGUCUCUCUGUCACUGUCUCUCUCUGUCUCUGUCCUUUCUGUCUCUCUCCUCUCGUUGUCCAGUUAGACCCCUGCAUUUCUUCUAGACUGUGUUAUUAGCAAUGGAUAUCUUUUUUUAAAGUAGUAGAACUGGGUUGAAAGCAGCCUGCAGUGACCAGCAGCCCAGCACUGACUGCCAGACGCUACAGGCCGGGUGGUCUCGGACAGACUGGCUGGUGAUGCCUUCACUUUAAUCCUUGUGAUCACUGAGUGUAGAUCGGACAGGUCUGCUUGUCUCUGCUGUCACAGCAAAACAGACCCUUUUGUAUUUUUAUCAUGGAGCGUAACCGCUGACUAAUAUUCCUUCUCCUGGUACCCGUUUUCAAUCAGAUCUCAAAAGUAUUUUGGUACAAGUGAUCUAUUCACGUCAUUUAAUCAACCGGGUUUAAAAAAAAAAAAUUGAUUUCUAUUUUUUGUGUCUCUUUCUGUUACUAUAUUUUUGCUAAGCGAGAGUCGUGUUUUUAACAAGAAAAUGUAAAUAAUAUGUAUAUUUUUGUACGAGGAAGACAAAAAAAAAAAGCCCUUGAUAGCGAAAAGCACUUACGAUAAAUGUAUUUUUUUAAGAAGCGAGCUGUUGUAUUUAUUUCUUUUAGGAAAAAAAAGUUUACAUAGGUUGAAGUUUUAGUAUUUCAGAUUUGAUUUUAUAUAUUUGCUUCUGUAAUUGUCUCUUAGAAACCAGUCGUCACAAUUAUUACUCUGCACAUAAAAUAAAAAGAUCUCUGACACGAGUCACGACACCUUUGCCUCCUUGGGGGGGGGGGGGAAGUAAAAAUGUAUCUUCUAUCUACCUACUAAUUAUUAAAAACAUAAAUAAGCCUGGAUGAUCCACGGUAGACAGUUUCUACUGUGGCAGACUGCUGGAGAGGGCCAGUCAGUAUAGCACUGAUACAGACUUCUGGAGAGGUCCAGUCAGUAUAGCACUGAUACAGACUUCUGGAGAGGUCCAGUCAGUAUAUCACUGAUACAGACUUCUGGAGAGGUCCAGUCAGUAUAGCACUGAUACAGACUUCUGGAGAGGUCCAGUCAGUAUAUCACUGAUACAGACUUCUGGAGAGGUCCAGUCAGUAUAUCACUGAUACAGACUUCUGGAGCGGACCGGUCAAUGUAUAACUGAUACGGUUUAUGGAACCCAGACCGAAUCUUGCCCCACCUUCACAACGGAUGAAAAACAGAACAAACAAACAAAAAAAAAUAUUCAGGAACCUAAAAACCUAAACUUGGAGACAACAACACUUCUCCAUAGCAAGUGCUGCUUCCCGCCCUGUCUGUAAAGAGGAGGCAGGCUCCAUGGCCAGUUCUCAGCUGUCCUCCUGAAUGCCCUUCAGUCACUGUGUGCAUCAUUGCAUCACGUGAAGUGUCCUACUUCAGCUUCCUUCCCAUACACCCAAUUGCAACAAUAUCACCGCCAGUCUAGCCGCCUUUGUUUUUGGACAAUUCCCUUCAAAGUUUUAGAAUGCGUAUAUAUAUAUAUAUAUAUAUAUAUAUAUAUAUAAUUUUCCCCAACAUUUUUGGCAAGGCAACUUCUCAAACUUCGUAGAGUUCCUGCAAACCUCUUGUGUUUUGUCUGAGAAAACUAAAGAUGACGGACGUGCACAGGAUCUGUGCUGCAAUGGGGCAUGGAGUGGAGGAGGGCUCCCUGCAGCUUCCUGAUUGUGAAUGUAUAUUUAACAAGAACAGACCAGGCCUGUGUUCAUUAUAUUUAAAUAAGAAGAAGUUAUAAAGGUAUGUUAUCAAGCGAAUAACCUUGGAGUUUUUUUUGUUUUAAUAAAAAGAUUGUUAUUUAAUUAUCUGUGUAAAUGCUGUAAGCGGGUCGAAAUAAAAACACAAGGGCUUGGUUCAAGUCUUUCCUUUCAUGCAUUGCAAAGCAGUAGAGAACAGGAGCAGUGUUCUCCACUAAGAAGGGCUGGGCUUGUAUCUCACAGCACUCCUCCCAGCCAGUUCUCUAAACUCCAUGAGCUGGGCAGGGGUGGACCGGAACACCACAGAGUGACCUGUUCACUGCAGGUGCCACUCAAGUGAUGGCCCAGGCUGCACACAGUCGUGAAACCUUUUUGAAAUGAUAUUUAAUGAUGAUCUGUUGUGUUCAGCCCGUGUUGAGUUUAGAUCACGGCGCUGUGUCCCGAUUCAUUCAUACAAUGUGCAUGGUUUCACCCCUGCCCUGGAACAUACACGUUUUAUUGUACUAUAUAUUGUAUGUGUAGAAUGGGAUAACUGCAUCUUAGGAACAAUGACAAAUACAAUAGAAACAGCUGCUUACUUUUAAAGGUUUUUUGGGGUUUUUUUUGCAUUUCGGUGUACGCUGUAAAGGUUUUGUGUUACAGUUUCUGGCGUAGAAUGAGCUGCAGCUUUUAAUAACUAUUGCCUAAUACAGUACUACUUUCAGUGUCUGUCAGUCCCAUCAAGGGGUCAUUGCGGUUUUUAAGAAUCAAUGCUAAAAAAAUAUAUAUAUACAGUAUGUAAAAUGUGGUUGUGUACAUCUUGAAGUUUCUUGUCUGCCAAAAUUUGAUACUUGUGUUUCUUGUAACAAUUCUGUGUGUUUUUAUUACAGUAAGAUUACCAUAUCAGCCCGCUUGAUCAACAUGUGUGUUGUUUUAAAGUGUAAAGCCACAGAAAGUGAAGCCCAGUUGCCCCCCUGUCUGCCACUGCCGGUAGUGUAGAUUUAAUUCGUUUUUAAUCUUAUGUGGUGUUUAACUGUGCUUCAAUGUACUGGCCCAGUCAUCUAUGAGAACACUCUGUACAGUAGAUGUGAAAAUUGUACGACUCCAACAGAAGAGCUAAUGGUGAAACCUAGUGGGCAGAAGGGACUAGACUAUAACAAGGGAACAUAUUUUGCUUUCUGUGGCCUGUUACCAGGAGAGACUGUUCUCUCGCUCGCUCUCUGUGUGUGUCUCCGAUUAAAACUUGCAGUUACUUUCAACCUGCAGCAUUCACUCCUCGGAAGUUAACAAUGGUGAUGAUGAUGAUAAUAAUACCAUAUUGUUUCUAUGAUGUAGCUCUUCAGUGUUAUUCCAUAUCGCAGAAGGAAUGAAGGAAAAAAAAACAACGAAACUACACGAGACUGAAUGUAAAAAAAAAAAAAAAAAAUGUACAUAGUUGUAAAAAGGAAAGUUUCUAAACAUGUUUAUUUUCUAUGCACUUUUUUUUUAAUUUAAGUGAUAGUUUCGAUAAUAAACAUGUCCAGUUUAUGCUUUGAA